GGGGAAGAAAAAAAGGUAUUUUCACAAUGGCUGUGAACUCCAUAAAGAAUGGGUGAGCCUGAACUUGUUUUUCCAUUCCUGUCUUGACAAGGUGUUCUCUGCCUGCCGGACAGCUUGAACCUUCACAAAGACCAGCAAAGGUCAAACAAGCCUGGGGAAGUACAGAUGUUCAGCCAGUCAGAGCUAAGGACCAUUGAGCAGUCUUUACUUGCUACACGCGUGGGGAGCAUUGCUGAGCUCAGUGACCUGGUGUCUCGAGCAAUGCACCACCUCCAGCCCCUCAAUGCCAAGCAGCAUGGGAAUGGGACGCCGAUGCACCAGAAGCAGGGAUCGUUCUAUUGGGAGCCAGAGGCUCUGUACACCCUCUGCUACUUCAUGCACUGUCCACAGAUGGAGUGGGAAAACCCCAAUGUGGAGCCAUCAAAAGUCACGCUGCAGACCGAGAGGCCGUUCAUUGUGCUGCCUCCCCUGAUGGAGUGGAUACGGGUUGCCGUGGCUCACGCGGGGCACCGUCGCAGUUUCUCGGUGGACAGCGAUGACGUACGGCAGGCAGCGAGGCUCCUACUGCCGGGAGUUGACUGCGAACCUCGACAGUUAAAAAUCGACGACUGUUUUUGUGCAUCUCGGAAACUGGAUGCAGUUGCCACUGAAGCAAAGUUCAAGCAGGAUCUGGGUUUCCGGAUGCUCAACUGUGGCCGAACAGAUCUGGUUAAACAAGCCAUAUCCUUGCUGGGGCCAGAUGGGAUUAACAGCAUGAGUGAACAGGGCAUGACUCCACUGAUGUAUGCUUGUGUCAGGGGUGAUGAGGCUAUGGUGCAGAUGCUGCUAGAUGCUGGAGCAGAUCUGAAUGCUGAGGUUGUCAGUACUGCUCAUAAAUACCCAUCCGUCCACCCUGAGACCCGCCAUUGGACAGCUCUGACAUUUGCUGUGUUGCAUGGACAUAUUCCUGUAGUUCAGCUGUUGUUGGAUGCUGGAGCAAAGGUAGAAGGUUCCUUGGAGCAUGGAGAGGAAAAUUACUCUGAAACUCCUUUACAGUUGGCAGCAGCUGCUGGAAAUUUUGAACUGGUCAGUUUGCUGUUGGAGCGAGGAGCUGACCCCAUGAUAGGAACAAUGUACAGGAAUGGCAUUUCCAUGACUCCACAAGGUGACAUGAACUCUUUCAGUCAGGCUGCUGCACAUGGACACAGCCAUCCAGAGGAACAUAGAUACAGGAACGUCUUUCGCAAGCUGCUUGCUCAGCCGGAGAAGGAGAAGAGCGAUAUUCUGUCACUGGAGGAGAUCCUUGCCGAGGGGACGGACUUGCCUGACUCGGCGGCAGCUCCGCUCUGUGCCAGCCGCAACAGCAAGGCCAAGCUGAAAGCCCUGAAGGAGGCCAUGUACCACAGUGCUGAGCAUGGCUACGUGGAUGUGACCAUUGACAUACGGAGCAUAGGUGUUCCUUGGACGCUGCACACGUGGCUGGAGUCCUUGCGUACGUCCUUCCAGCAGCACAGAAGACCCCUCAUCCAGUGCUUGCUAAAGGAAUUCAAGUCCAUUCAGGAAGAAGAGUACACAGAGGAGCUCAUCACACAAGGGUUGCCUCUGAUGUUUGAGAUACUGAAAGCCAGCAAGAACGAAGUGAUCAGCCAGCAGCUCUCUGUCAUUUUCACUCAUUGCUAUGGACCCUACCCUAUUCCAAAGCUCGUUGAAAUUAAGCGCAAGCAGACCUCUCGCCUAGAUCCCCAUUUUCUUAACAACAAAGAGAUGUCAGAUGUUACAUUCCUGGUGGAAGGAAGACCAUUUUAUGCACAUAGAGUGUUGCUAUUUACUGCAUCACCAAGGUUUAAAGCAUUGCUGUCUAGCAAGCCCUCAUCCGAUAGUACUUGUAUUGAGAUCAACUAUGUGAAGUACCCCAUCUUUCAGCUGGUUAUGCAGUAUCUUUAUUACGGAGGUGCAGAGUCACUCCUGAUUAAAAAUAAUGAAAUUAUGGAGCUUCUCUCUGCUGCUAAAUUUUUCCAGCUUGAAGCUUUACAACGACACUGUGAGAUCAUUUGCGCAAAAAGCAUUAAUACAGAAAACUGCGUCGAUAUUUAUAAUCAUGCCAAGUUUCUCGGAGUCACAGAACUAUCCUCCUAUUGUGAAGGCUACUUUCUAAAAAAUAUGAUGGUCCUCAUUGAAAACGAAGCUUUCAAACAGCUGUUGUAUGACAAGAAUGGAGAAACAUCUGGUCAAAAUGUACUACAGGACUUACAGAGGACGUUGGCCACAAGGAUUCAGUCAAUUCAUUUGUCUUCUUCAAAGGGCUCCAUUGUGUAAAGCUGAGGAAGAUGGUAACCUUCUAAUAAAGACCCUGCAAGUUAAGUCUGCUAUUGCAGUUGCUUAAACCCAUUGCAGUUGCUUAAAUGACUACAAAAAAAAAAAAAUCAAAAAAUUCUACUCCGCAUCCAGAUAGUUCUGUGUUGGCCAAAGGUGCUGUGCUGGGCGUGCAUUUGGAUGAGAGAAUACAGAAAACAAAGCUCCUCCAUGUUUUUGAGCAAAUGGGGUACAAGAGUAUCCAGUGAAUCGCUGUUGUACUCAAAUUCUGAACACACAUGUGCGGUCGUGGAGCUUGUUGCCAACAAAAGCCAGAACUCACAUCCGUGAACAGCAGAAGCCCUUGCCAGAGAGGUGGUGCUGGGGAACACCCAAAAUGACCGAUUAAUCGUUUAAGGCGGAUUUGUUCCAGUGUUACACAUUUAAGAACUAUAUCUAUCCUGGAGUCCAUUAUCUCGUGCAUUUAAGAAAUGUAAGAACUGUUAUUGCUGUCAAGCAAAGAUCAACUGUAUUAGAGAGUGGGUAAGACUGUUACAGCUGAGGAAAUAUACUGGCAGAUUUUUAGGGGUGGGAACUUUUUAAAUUGUUCAUAAAAAAUAAUGGGGUGGCCUUGUAGUUUAAAAACUAUUUCUUAAGCUUAAAAUUUCAUUUUCGACAGAUCUGUGUUUGAGAAUCUAUGUAACAUGGGUUUUUUUUGGUUUUUUGUUUUUUUGUUUUUUUUAAAUGGUAAAAUGUACAUUGUGUAAACAUACGUAUGACCAAGUUUUGCUUGUAUUCUUUCCUAGGGUGGUAUAAUCUUGCCUAACAGGCUAUGGUUACACCAAAGAGGUACAUUACCCAGACUAUCUCUAAUACAGUAGUUGGGGGGGCAGGAGAAAUGCAUGCUACUUGUGAUUUGGGGUUAAAAACAAUGACAAACUCAACAUGCAUUUGCAUGGUAACUGUACCUGUGAGAUGUUACAUUUGUGCUUCGUUUUGCCAAGACAAAUGCAAUGUUACUUCUUGUCAAACUUCAUUUGUGAAAUUAGCAUAUUUUUUUAUUUGGUGUGAUUGGUUGUGAUACGAUACCCCUGGGGACCCUUCUCAAGAUGCUGGUUUCUGUUUGUUACAGUGAAGGGAUAAUAACAGAUCUUUACUUCAAUAAUGUGUCAAUACUUUGCUACUGGACAGAGAUUGUGUCUGAGUUAGACUUUUUAAAAUUAUAAUUAAAUAUGUACUAUAGAAUGCUUUCUCACUGUAUCCUGAGAUUGUAUAGGUUAUCUACAAUGUAGGGUUUGGGUGGGGUGGGAUGAGGAGUGUGAUUUAAUGUCAAAGCUUCAUUUAUUUUGCAGCAUACUGUUAGCAAGACAAAUUUGCAAUGUGCCACAACAUUCCUGAUGUACUGUCUCUGAAAACGACAGCAAGUAAUAGGCAAAGAGGUUGCUUUCUCGAUGGCAAAGUGACAUUAAUAUAUUUAUUUUCUAGCAUGCUGUUCAGAAACUGUGCCCAGUUCAUAGACUUUAGAAGUUUUAUUUUGACAGUGCAUGUUAACCUCUUGUUCUUUUGUUUAAGUACCUACGUUGGGUGCUCUUCCAUGUUGAUAGCUUUUGGCAUGCUCAGAGAACACAGUUUUGGCUUUAGUUAUCAACACAGUAGGAAGCUGUUUUAUGACUCUGAGGUGUAAAUCCUCCUGUGUGCUUGUUCUUUUAAAGCCUCUACAGUUUCUGCAACAAAUUACAAAAAUGUCUAAACCGCCAGUAAUGUCACAGAGACACAGCAUGUCAGUCAGUUAGACCUUUUUUUUUUCUGCAUAGUAGAUGUUCACACAAGACAUUGUCUGGAACAUUUAGGUGAUGGCAACUUCUGUGUGAAUGUUGCGAUCUUAGAAAAUUGAGACCAUGGUUGAUGCAGCAGCAAAACACAGGGGUGCUUGUUUUCAUUUGGUGUGCCUCCCAUCUGUGGAAACCCAUCCUUCCAUGCCAACGAUAAGUAGUUAGGAGCAGACUUCACCCCACAGCUUCAUGGCUUAAAAUAGCAAAGUUUUUCAAACAAUAGUAAUGAUACUUCAAUUUUUCCCUUGGGUACAUGUGUAGUGCCCAGAAAAGUCAUCAGGAGUUGCAUAUGCAUAUAUCCAUAGGCAAAAUAGCUUUUUUCUGGGAAACAAGCCCACAGGUAUACCUGUGGAUGGGCAGUCUGGCUUCUAAUGCUAUAAUGAUAGCCACAGGUGUUGUGUCCCUGUUUUUAGCUCAAAUACUAAGUGUAUUUUGGUAAGGGGAUCUAGAGCCCUGUCUGUACCAGCUGCCCCUGGAAGGUGAUGUCUUUUGAGCAUCUGUAGGUACCUGCCCGGGACUUAUUAGGAAGGAAACACUGAUAACUCUCUGCUGGUCGUUCUUGUGAUGAGUUGAGAGUAUCUGUGGUAACAUUCACUGGUUUUAUUUCAGAGAUAAAGGGCUUAAUAUGUCCUUUGGUGGCUCUACAUAAACUGAGUGGUCACCAUGUUUGAGCAAAGGCAAACAUGAGCCAAAGACUCUAGCAACAGAGUACAGCUGCCUCCAAACACACUGCUCAAGUCUGCCAGCAGAGCUGUGUUGGCCCAGGCAUUUGUGUGUCUCCUUGCUCUGUCAGGGGCUUGUGAAUUGGGAUGGCCGAGCACAACAAAGUGUGGCACCCACUGCUGCUGCAAGAUGUGCUUUGCUGGUGUCCAGCAAAUGGUAGGAGAGAACAAGCCCCAAGAAGCUAUCGUUCAAAGCUGUUAAAGGGAUUGCAGCUAUUGGUUUAUAAAGGAGUAACUUUUGCCCUUCAAAACACUGGUAAUCCAAAAGUCACAAAUACAUAGCUGAAAGGUACCUUAACAAAAAAUAAUAAUGAGUUUCAAUUCCUUUUUGACCUGUGACCCCCAUCACUUCUGCCAGCAGAAGAGCCAGCCCCUCUGAAACCCUGGCAUUCAUUUCUCCUGAAAGUAGUCAGCAUACUUUUGUGGAUCCACGGAGCAGAGUUUGAAAACUGAUUUUAGUUCACCUCCCCUGCUGUGAGGCUGGGUGAAGUCUAGCUGAACCAUGCCAGACAAUGUGCAGCUUGCAGGCUUUUGAAAUGUCUAGUGAUGGGGAUCCAUGACCUUCACCACCCUCGUAAUCAGAGAGUUUUCCUAAGAGGCUAUUUGGAAUUUUACUGCAAAUCGAGCUGCUUCUUUUUCAAGCCCAGAUUGACAGGAAGAACAGAUGAUCUUACAAGAUCUUCUUGCAAGAUUUUCCAUGUAUGAGAGGAAUUAUCCUACUUUCCUCACUAGUAUAGUCUUUUCUAGUUCCUUUGCUAGUAUUUUCUAAGUCUCUGAUUUUUGCUGUCAUUCCCCUCAUGACUCCUCAGUUUCCCCAAAAUGCAGGAUUCCAUCAGGGAUUUUAUACAGUAACAAGCAAAGUAGAGUAACUGUCUCCUGUGGUUUAUGUAAAGCAUAUCAGAAAAUAUACCCUCGAAUAUUUUCUACAAGAACAUCCCAUGGUUGAAUUUGUCUAGUCUGUCUUCUGUUGUAAUUCCUACAUGAUUCACUGUUUCCUACAUGAUUUCCCAGGAGUUCACAUUUUUAUUUGUGCAUUUGUUUACUACACCUUCCAAAGUAGAACACUUUCAACUUGUCUUUAUUAAAUUUGUUCUGCUUUAAUUGGGGCAAUUUCCCCACUUCAUCAGGAUCAAUUGCAAUUCUGAUCCUGUCUUCUAGCCUCUUUCAUAAUCUCCAAGCUUUGUUAUA